AUGUCGGAUGAAUUCAUGAUCAAGCCGGAGAAAUCUGCUCCUUCGGCAGAUACUUCAGACUGGCCUUUACUUUUGAAAGAUUAUGAUAAGUUACUAGUUAGAUGUUCUCACUAUACACCUAUUCCAGCAGGUUCUUCACCUUUGAAGAGAGAUAUCAAGAACUAUGUGAGUUCUGGUGUGAUAAACUUGGAUAAACCAUCAAAUCCAUCCUCUCAUGAAGUUGUUGCUUGGAUCAAAAGGAUUCUCAGAGUGGAAAAGACUGGUCAUUCUGGUACUUUGGAUCCUAAAGUGACGGGAUGUUUGAUCGUUUGUAUUGAUAGAGCCACCAGAUUGGUCAAGGCUCAACAGGGUGCUGGUAAAGAGUAUGUUUGUGUGGUUAGAUUACAUGAUGCUUUGAAAGAUGAGAAGGAAAUGGGUAGAGCAUUGGAGAAUCUGACUGGUGCUUUAUUCCAGAGACCUCCUUUAAUUUCCGCUGUCAAGAGACAACUUCGUGUGAGAACCAUCUACAAUUCUAAUUUGAUUGAGUUUGAUAGCAAGAGAGGAUUGGGAGUAUUUUGGGCAUCUUGUGAAGCUGGUACGUAUAUCAGAACACUUUGCGUUCAUUUGGGUAUGCUACUUGGAUGUGGUGGUCAUAUGCAGGAAUUGAGAAGGGUUAGAUCCGGAAGUAUGACAGAAAACGAUAAUAUGGUGACAUUACAUGAUGUCAUGGAUGCGCAAUGGAUCUACGAUAACAGUAGAGAUGAGACUUUCUUGAGAAGAGUGAUAAGUCCUUUGGAGACUUUGAUGGUUGGCUAUAAAAGAAUUCUUGUUAAGGAUUCUGCCGUUAAUGCGGUUUGUUACGGUGCCAAAUUAAUGAUACCAGGAUUAUUAAGAUAUGAGAAGACCAUUGAAUUGUAUGAUGAAGUUGUUUUAAUUACAACUAAGGGUGAGGCCAUUGCUCUUGGUAUCGCACAGAUGUCUACUGUUGAUUUGACGUCAUGUGAUCAUGGUGUAGUUGCUACAGUGAAAAGAUGUAUUAUGGAAAGAGAUACAUAUCCAAGAAGAUGGGGACUUGGACCUGUUGCUUUGAAGAAGAAGAAGCUGAUUAAGGAGGAGAAGCUUGAUAAGUAUGGAAGACCCAAUGAAAGUACACCAGAUUCUUGGAAGAAGGAUUAUGUUAGUCAUGAAGAUGAGGCAGCUCCAGCUGUUCCUGCUGAUAAGUUGAAGGUUCCGGAACUUCAGAAGGCAAAGUCUUCUAUAUAUGGUGGAGAGAAUGGAAAGACUGAAAAGGCUGAAGAGACUGAUAAGACUGAAAAGACUGAAAAGACUGAAAAGACUGAGAAGACUGAAAAAGAUGAAAAAGAGCAUCAUCACCACCAUCAUAAGCACGACAAGACCUCUAAGAAAAGAAAGGCUGAAGAUGAUAGCGGAGACAAGAAAAAGAAGAAGAAGAAAUCUAAAGAGUCCAAGGAUUAG